CCGGCAUCCCGGUCGCUUCUCGCCGGCGGUGGUGCCAUCAUGUCUUCCAAGAGACACAGGAAGCGGCUGAGCCACGGCGCGGAAGGGAGUUCGCCCUUGGCUGCCGCCACUGCUGCUCAGGCCGGGGACCCCGCUUCCGCCUCGGACCCCGAGAAGCCGACCGGGACUCUGGUGAUCACAAACUUCCUGGGAAAAGGACCUGGGUGGUGCGGACAGAAAAUGGUUGGUGCUCCACUGGAGUGGAAGAGAGCUGAUGUCAGAGUCCCUAAAGCGUUCCAAAAUUUUGUUGUUCACCUGGGAGUCAACACUAUGAAGUCUGCAAAUAUAUGUAUAGGUCGACCAGUGUUGCUUACUAGUUUGAAUGGAAAGCAAGAGGUUUGUACAGCCUGGCCAGUGGCAGGAUUUCCUGGAGGCAAGGUUGGCCUGAGUGACAUGGCACAGAGGAAUCUAGGGGUGACGGCUGGUGAUAGCACCUGGGUGCAGCCACUCGUGGGUGCUCUUGUUCAGGCCGAGGAAGUGGACCUGGCUCUGAGUGAUGAAGAUCAGGGUAUUAGUGGAGAAGACCUGGCUAGUUGUAUUCUGAGGAAACUUGAUGGCAAAGUUGUUUUACCAGGCAACUUUCUGUAUUGUUCCUUCUAUUUACGACUAUGCAAGAUGCAAGUAUUACAAGUGAAAGGGACAGAUGGCACAAUAUUGGAAAGGCCUCAGAGCAAUGCUGCCACUGAUUCCCAAGAAGUGGUCUCUGAAUGCCCCAGCAUGGAAUCCAGUAGCCUGGAUAUAUCCCUCCAGCUAGGCCAAUUAGAUCUGGAAGAGCCCCGGAGUCCAGCCUCAAGAAGUACUCCUUGUAAACCAGCGGUGGACCCAGUUGUGAACGCAACUAGUGACAUUUUGUUGGAUGUUGCUCAGAGCUCUGGGGAUGGCAGUGGCCUUGUACUGGAAGACAUCACAGGUCUUAAAUGUUGUGUUAAGUCAGCCAGAGAAGGAAAUAAGCAGCUCACCAAUGAAGAAAGUUUGCUGAAAUCUGCCAGCGUGGGACGGAAAUGCAAUACUGAUACUUUUUAUUUUAUUUCCUCAACAACAAGGAUCAAUUUUACAAAGACUUGCACAAAUUUAAAAGAGCAAGAUAACCAAUUCAGAGUAACAUAUGACAUGAUUGGAGGCUUAAGUAGUCAACUGGAAGCAAUUAGAAAAAUAAUUGAAUUGCCUCUCAAACAGCCUGAACUUUUCAAGCGUUAUGGAAUUCCUGCUCCUAGAGGAGUAUUACUCUAUGGUCCUCCAGGUACUGGAAAAACUAUGAUUGCCCGAGCUAUUGCUAAUGAAGUUGGGGCUUUUAUUUCUGUAAUUAAUGGUCCUGAAAUUAUAAGCAAAUUUUAUGGUGAGACUGAAGCAAGAUUACGUCAGAUAUUUGUUGAAGCCACUCUACGGCACCCAUCGAUUAUUUUUAUUGAUGAGCUGGAUGCGCUUUGUCCCAAAAGAGAAGGAGCUCAGAAUGAAGUGGAAAAGAGAGUGGUAGCUUCACUUUUAACACUAAUGGAUGGCAUUGGUUCUGAAGGAAGUGAAGGACAGGUGUUAGUUCUUGGAGCCACAAAUCGCCCUGAAGCAUUAGAUGCUGCACUGCGUAGACCUGGACGAUUUGAUAAGGAGAUUGAGAUCGGAGUUCCUAAUGCUCAGGACCGGCUAGAUAUUCUGCAGAAGCUUCUUCAAAGGGUUCCUCAUUUGCUCACUGAAGCUGAACUGGUACAGCUGGCAAAUGAUGCUCAUGGAUACGUUGGAGCAGACUUGAAAGCCUUGUGUAUUGAAGCAGGUUUCUGUGCUUUGCGUAGUUUCCUGAAGAAGCAGCCUAACCUUCCUGACAGCAAGGUGUCCAGCUUGGUGAAGAUCACUUUGAAUGAUUUCUUGCAGGGAAUGAAGGACAUCAGGCCCAGUGCUAUGAGGGAAGUAGCAAUUGAUGUCCCAAAUGUAUCCUGGUCAGAUAUAGGAGGAAUGGAGAGUGUCAAGCUGAAAUUGAAACAAGCUGUGGAAUGGCCUUUGAAACACCCAGAGUCAUUCAUUCGAAUGGGUAUUCAGCCACCUAAGGGAGUUCUCCUGUAUGGGCCUCCAGGGUGCUCUAAAACAAUGAUAGCCAAGGCUUUGGCCAAUGAGAGUGGACUGAAUUUUCUAGCUAUAAAGGGGCCUGAAUUAAUGAAUAAAUAUGUUGGUGAAUCUGAAAGAGCAGUUCGAGAGAUCUUCCGGAAAGCAAGACAAGUGGCCCCUUCCAUUAUUUUCUUUGAUGAACUUGAUGCUUUGGCUGUUGAAAGGGGCAGUUCUUCAGGUUCUGGGAAUGUGGCUGACCGUGUUUUGGCACAACUCUUAACAGAAAUGGAUGGAAUUGAACAGUUAAAAGAUGUAACCAUUUUGGCAGCUACUAAUCGCCCAGAUAGGAUUGAUAAGGCUUUGAUGCGGCCUGGAAGAAUUGACACAAUCAUCUAUGUGCCUCUACCAGAUGGAGCAACAAGAAAGGAAAUAUUCACCUUGCAGUUUCGCUCAAUGCCUAUCAGUAAUGAAGUGGACCUGGAUGAACUUGUCCUCCAAACGGAUAAAUACUCAGGAGCAGAGAUUAUUGCUGUCUGCAGAGAGGCAGCUCUUCUGGCUCUGGAAGAAGACUUCAAAGUCAAGUGCAUCAUGAAGAAACAUUUCACUCAGGCCUUGAGGACUGUGACGCCAAGAAUCUCUGAAUCCUUGAGACAGUUCUAUGAACAUUAUCAAAAGAAGAGUGGGCUGCACUCUGGGAAACAUGCAUAUGCAUCCUACCAAACCCCUUUCUAGAUUUCAUUCUCUAUAGGGCUUUUGACUUGAGAGUAUUUUAGAAAUUCCUUAAUAGGUACAAUGCUUGAAAUACUUCCGUUGGAGUUGAAGAGCUGCGGUUCUAGAAACCUUUAAUCAUGUGAGUACAAUUUGUCCAGCAUGGGUAGAAAACCAGUUUCGGCUGGAAAUGUGUGCUGCAUUUUGAAAAGUAAACAUUUACCUUUUUUCAUGUUUGUCCCUUCGUCUCCCUUGUGACAAUCUCCCCACUGUGGAGUUGAUGUCAAGUGCCUUCCUAUGUGCAUCAGUUGGAUACAACAACAUGAACAAUAUAUAUGGAUAAUUUCA